GGACUUCCGGGUCUGCCUUUCCGCUUCCGGUCCCUCAGCCUGGUUACGCGAGAGGUGGGCGGUCCGUCACGUGAGCGGCGGUUCCUUGCAGGGCGCCGGGGGCACGCUCAGGGGCGGGGUCCGAGGGAGGGCGGUUGCCGUGGUGAUCUGCGUCCCGCGCCGGCGCCCUCUUCCAGCGCCGGAAUGAGAAUUCCCUUUAUGAGUCACGCCCGGCUGGGGCCAGCGCAGAACGAAAGUGCAGGGACUCCACCUGCCCCGGCAGGAGCUGCGGGCUCACCUAUGGGACUUUCCAAAAGCAAACACCAAAUCAGGAAAGGUGAGGAGCAAAAGACGGGAUCUGCCCAUUCUGUUUCCAAGUCUAAGGAGGAGGCGCCAGAGAGGCACUUCCUGGAGGCCAGGCAGGCAGAUAGGGAGCCUCCAACCACCAUCCCUAGGUCUGCAGAGACCUCCCGCCUGGGGAAAGAGACAUCCAGACGCCAGUGGCCUCCACCUUCAUCUGAAGUUGAAGAGAAACCUGAGCCUGCAAAGUUAAGCAAGAAGAAAGCUGCCAUCCCGCAAAUUGUCAUCACAUGCCCCUCCAACGAGACCCUCCUCAGCUGCGGCUCCACGGAAAUCAAAGAGCAGAAGACCAUCAAGGAGCAUGCCAGUUGGGGCCCCCUCGCCCGGCACAGGAACCCCAGCACGGUGGACGCAUAUAGUUCCCAGGACAGGGAAUAAACGUGCACCAUGGAGUCCUGUUGUUACUCACACGGCAGUCCAGGAGAGCUGGUCUCAUCUGCUCCAGAACCUUAUGCAGCUUGGCGGAGGGCAGCGGGAGUGACUCCUGCCAAACAGUGGACUGUGGUAACAGUGAAUCAGUCAGUCUGUCCUUGAGGCUCUGGCCACUGUGCAGAGGGACAAGCAGGUGGCAACUCACACUCUGACCCACCAUCAGCAGGUGACAGCCCUCCUGGACUCUUGGGAGUGAGGUUGUUAAGAGCUGGAAGUUACAGUGAAUAAGGUGUUCCUAAACUUUAAGGUGUGAUAUUCCAGAACGAGAAGUGAGUCACCUUAGAGAGGCCCAGGGGCUCCAAGCUUGACUGUGGCCUGAUCUAGAGUAUUAAAAGACCCACAUGAAGAAUGUGGAGUGUGCAGUGUAUUGGGGGUGGGGCAGCCAUGUCACCAAGAACUUUGGAAGUUGGCGCAUCGGCAGUGUCAGGGAGGAGGGAACUGAACUGACGGCUCUGGUCUUUCUGGCUCAUGGUCAAGGGCUCUGGUGGUCAGAGCCAUUAGGUAACCUGAGUCUGACGCUGUUGGACAUGCUGCUCGUCCUUACCAGCAGCCUUCAGGUCAGGCUCGAGCCUGCUGCAGGUGUCACUGGGCUCACGUGUCUAGUCUGUGACCAUGUCUUUAGCUUCCCUGGUUAUAGACAGGUAGGCAGGCUUUACACAGCAUGUCCUAGGUUGCUGACAUCUGGUGGGUGAACAGAACCAGGCGACAGCACAGUCCCUGGGUGGCAGUGUUCACCAAGGUUACAGACUCAACCCAGAGGAGCCAGGGAGGGGCCUGUGGCCUAUGUCUUUGGCUCUAGGCAGCACCUGGACGGUUUCUGAUACAUAAGUACACGCGCACAAAAGUACAAAUACACGUGUACACGCAUACGUAUGUAAUGUGUACAUACACAUGUACACAUAUCUACACACAUAGUUCUGUAACCUAAUUACUUUGACAGAUUAUUUUUCAAAAUCAGAGAAGCAUGAAGAUUUGACGUUGUUUAAAGAUUAUUCUGUGUAAAUGAGUUUUAAACUGUUCAGGGGAAAUGAUUUGGCAGGAACCUGAUUUUUUUAAAUGCUGGAGGUUAGUGACUGAAAGCUGGUUUGCAUUAACUUGAGCACCUGGAGCUGGACAGGCCUGUGCUCUUGAGUACCUCUCCUCACCUUGUGCACCCUAAGCAGGAUGCCUUCCAUCCCUUAGACAGACCCUCUGAGGAUCAAAGGAAAGACAUGUGGAGGCCCCUUUGGGCUUCUCAGGCCUCCUGAGCUGCUCUCUGGCAGCCUCCCAAUUUACCAGACAACCGAGCCACCUCUGCCCACCUCUCCUGCCUUGCCUGGGUGUCAGCAGCAGCCUCCUUGCUAAGGUCUCCUCAAUUCUCCCUCGACUGAGGGGGCCUCUUAGAACCCAAGGCAGGCAGGUCUGCCUUUUCCACAACUACAAAGCAGGCUCAGUCCUGGAGCGAGCCACAGCCUCUGAUGGGUGGUGGUGACCUGCACACUGGACUUCCUGCUCUAUCUCUUGCCCUUUCAGUCUGUUCCCAACACUGGCAGAGCAUUUCUGUCCAAUCACAAGCUAGAAUAGGUCCCUCCUCUCUCCUCUGUUCACAUUCCCCCAAAGGCUCCCAUUACCCACAGAGCAAAAGCCAUAGUCCUCACAGUGGACUACAAGGCCUGCCUUGAUCUAUCUGUCCUAGGGCCUGGGACACCUCACUCCUCCUCUGCCCAGACUGGCCUAUUGAGGCCCUGCAUUCCCUUGGACAGGAAUGAUGUCUCCCUAGUGUCUCCACAGGCAGGCCUUCCCUGGUCCCUACUUAAAGCUGCAGCCCCUCCAACACCUUCCAUUCACUCCCCUGCCCUACUUUCCUCUCAGUACGUAUAAUACUCAAGUUAUCUACCUCAUGCAUUGCCUGCCUCUCUGCUAGAACGGAGGGUCUCUGAGGGCAGUCCUGCGAGGCCCAGCACAAACACAGGUGUUAGGUGACUCCUUGGCCCCACGUGGCACCCUUCCAAUUCUUUCAACAUCAUGUGCCCUGCUCUUGUCCCCAUUAGCCACGCCCAGGCCACUAUCACCUCCCCAGUCCCAGGCCCUGUGCUCCAAGGGAGGGCUUUAACGCACAGCUGGAAGCCCUUCAAAGCCUCCUGCUGAUCUGGGAGUCAGGCCAGACCCCUCCCCACCAGCCUUCGGAUCCCGCACAACUUCCUCGACCCCCUCCUCCUAGCACUUUUAUUCGGCGCGCCAAUCGGGU